CAUGUAAGAGACCCUUAAAAUAUAUAUGAAACAUGAUAUUCCUGCUAUUUAGUCAUCAUCCGUUACCAAUUGGGAGGAUAUAAUUUCUGAGCUAAGUAGGAAGGAGUCAUGUUUGUUGAAAAAGAUGGAUUAAAGAAGAUGCAAUGGGGACGACCAAUCAAUAGAAUUGAAAUUAUGA